ACGUGGGAGCAAGGAUUGGCUGGUUUUGGAGGUUAGGGUUGUCCGGCUUCUGCUGUCACGUGGUCUGCGCUGUUUUCUUAUCACGUGGCUGCUGCCCAGCAUAGGCUGCAUGAGGCGGGGGCGGGCUCCCACAUUCCUGCUCGGCGGAGGGGCCGCUCUGCUCCUGUCGCUGUUUUGGAUGCCGACACUGCUGCCUGCAGCCUCUCGCCUUCUGUUGCUACCCCGAGCCCUGCUGUCCAUGGCUUCAGGAAGUCCCCCGGCCCAGCCCUCGUCGGCCUCGGGCUCCGCCUAUGUCCCCGGCUCGGUCUCUGCGGCCUUUGUCACCUGCCCCAACGAGAAGGUCGCAAAGGAGAUCGCCAGGGCUGUGGUGGAGAAGCGCCUAGCAGCCUGCGUCAACCUUGUCCCUCAGAUUACAUCCAUCUAUGAGUGGAAAGGCAAGAUUGAAGAGGACAGUGAAGUGCUGAUGAUGAUCAAAACCCAAAGUUCCUUGGUUCCCGCUCUGACGGAUUUUGUUCGGUCUGUGCACCCUUAUGAAGUGGCUGAGGUGAUUGCAUUGCCUGUGGAGCAGGGGAACUCCCCGUACCUGCAGUGGGUGCGCCAGGUUACAGAGUCGGUUCCUGACUCCAGUACAGCCCCGCUGUGAUGACCCUUUGUUCUUGCUAUGGUUUCCCUCAUAAAUAUCAACACUCCUACCUUGUGAUGACUGUCCUCUUAAUAAAUCCCAUUUUUAGUUGUC